GCCGAGCCCGUUGGGACUCGCUGGCACGCCGCUCGUGCCGGCCCUGACACAUUCGACAAGCGGCGCCGUAACGGGAAGCAACGCGCGGCUGGGGACCUCGCUUGGUGGAAACGCACUCGAGCUGUUCUGCAGCGCGCGAGACGACGACAAGCACGACGACGUGAUCUCUUCUCUUGGACGUCAAACUGCAAGAAAGAGAGAAGAUAACAACACCCACGCGUACUUGGAACGUAUAUACAUAUAUACAUAUACGCGCGUAUACAUACGCAUACACGUACACAUACCACAUACACGUACACACAUACGUACAUACAACGUCCUCAUAUAUAUAUAUAUAUAUAUAUGUGUGUAUAUGUAUAUGCAUACAUGUGAACACGUAACAUACGACGAUCCAAUCGUCGAUUUGACUUCUCAGAACGAUCAUCACACGCGUUCCUCUUCGGUCAUUGUCGUUCGUUCUGAAGGCGACGAGGAAGACGACGAGGACGGCGUAAUGGAGUAAAAAUUUCGUAAGCAUCGACAAGAAGAGAAAGAAGAAAUAACCGAGAGACCUAAGGAAGGAAGGAAGGAAGGAACGAAGCAAAGAUAAUAUCGAGUGAGAGGAGUAAUAAUAGUGGUGUUUCUAAUACGAUCGAACGAAGGAAGAGUAUCGACGUGAGAUAGAAAGAUAAAGAGAGAGAGAGAGAGAGAGAGAGUAAGAGCAAGAGAGAGACAGAAAGCAAGAGGAAAGAAAGAGUGAGUUUUCGCGGUAAUCGAGUGCUUUUUUGUGAAAGACACGUGAGGGAGUGCGCGAUCGAUCGUACUCUCGUGGGGGGAACGGGGGGGGGGAGGUGCCAAGCGAAUGAUCGCGCGCAGCCACGCGGUUUUCGUACUUUUCUACUCUCUUUUAUCAAAGAGAAAGACGACGACGACGACGACGACGACAAUAAUAAUAAUAAUAACAACAACAACGAGAAGGAGAAGAAAAUAACAAAAAUCUAAGUUAAACGCAGAAAAAGAUAUAUAUAUAUAUAUAUACAUAUAUAAAGAGAAAGAAAAAGAGAGAGAGAGAGAGAGAAAGAGAGAGAGAGAGAGAGAGAGAGAAAUUCGUCACGUGGGAAGGAUUGGAUAAAUAUCGAUGAACUUAAAAAAGGAAUCGAUAAGGGGAAUCGUUUGGUAUUUGUCGAUCUUCGUGGGUGGAGGAUUAAAUAUUUAAAAAAUAGUUAUUUCUCUCGUCGUUUAUUUUUUACGGUGAUAUUGAAGAGUGAGAAAGAAUAGAAGAAGGAAGGCUGUUGCCGCAGGAGAUACCUUACGGCUUCACAACGCGGUCCGACGAGUGGAGCGGUCUCCUGCCCAGCUCCACGAUCGUGGGUGCUGGGGGGUCGCCAUGGCUCGGCUUGGGUGCCGCCGGUGGCACCGGUGCCACCACCGGAGGCGGAAGUCCCGUCGAACUCGAGGGACAUUGGGGACGGAAGCUCUACGGUGCGAGCGUUGCCCCACCACCCCCGCCGCCUCAUCACCACCCACGCGCUCCUCUCGUUUUCGCGCCUCAGGACAUGAGGCAAAUACUCAAGGAGGAACCUGUGCCACGUGCCUGGCCUCAGCCCGCCAUUGCCGAUAACGGAACGGUUGGCGUCGCAAAGGCGCAUUUCGAGAAACAACCACCGAGCAAUCUGAGAAAGAGUAAUUUCUUUCAUUUCGUCAUAGCACUUUACGAUCGACACGAUCAGCCGAUCGAGAUCGAAAGAACGUCAUUCAUGGGAUUCGUCGAGAAAGAUCAGGAAUCCGAGGGACAAAAGACGAACAAUGGUAUCCAAUACAGUUUGCAUCUGCUUUAUUCGAACGGAGUGAGGCAGGUGCAAAACAUCUUCGUCAGGCUUAUCGACUCUGCGACGAAACAGGCGAUCAUGUACGAAGGACAAGACAAGAAUCCUGAAAUGUGCCGUGUCUUAUUGACGCACGAGGUAAUGUGUAGUCGGUGUUGCGAUAAGAAGAGUUGCGGUAACAGAAAUGAGACACCGAGCGAUCCAGUGAUCAUCGAUCGAUUCUUCCUCAAGUUCUUUCUCAAGUGCAACCAAAACUGCCUUAAGAAUGCCGGCAAUCCGCGUGACAUGAGACGAUUUCAGGUGAUCAUAUCGACGCAAGUAGGAGUGGAAGGUCCAUGGUUAGCGGUAUCCGAUAACAUGUUUGUCCACAACAAUAGUAAACACGGACGCAGAGCGAAACGAUUGGACCCCAGUGAUCCUGGCGAGUACAACAGUUUGUAUCAACCCAUACCACUUCAGACACCCUGCAUAAAGGCGAUAUCGCCGAACGAGGGUUGGACGACGGGUGGAUCAACCGUAAUAAUCAUAGGCGAGAACUUUUUCGACGGGCUUCAAGUUGUUUUUGGAUCUAUGCUGGUUUGGAGUGAGAUAAUUACUCCGAACGCGAUCAGGGUACAGACGCCGCAUAGAGAGAUACCGGGUGUUGUCGAAGUAACGCUUUCAUACAAAAGCAAACAAUUUUGUAAGGGGGCACCUGGCCGAUUCGUUUACGUCUCUUUAAACGAGCCAACGAUCGACUAUGGUUUUCAAAGGUUACAAAAAUUAAUUCCACGACAUCCAGGGGAUCCGGAAAAAUUGCCAAAAGAAAUAAUAUUGAAACGAGCAGCGGAUUUAGCGGAAGCAUUGUACAGUAUGCCAAGGAGCGGAAACGCGGGUAUAGCGGGGGCGUCGAGGAGUCCAGGAGCGGGACACCCACCGGCGCCCCCGACUUCGAGUUCGGCGACAGCGUUCAACUCGUAUACAGGACAACUCGCCGUGACGGUGCAAGAGAAUGGUAGUGCUACAAAGUGGACGGACGACGGUAGUUCCGUGACGACAGGAGCCGCGGCAGGUGGCGGAGGGGGCGGUGGGAGCGUAGGGGGCAGUGUAGGUGGUAGCGUCGGGGGUACGGCCGAUGCUUACAGACAAAGCAGCAGCGCCAGUCCGCGAGGGGUUGUAACCGGUGGUGGUUAUUGCGGAAGUUCGGCUAGCACGCCGCACAGCCACAGCACCAACGGCAGCUAUUCCGUUGCGAAUCCAUACACUGGAAGUCCGACUCUUUACACGUCGCUGGGCAUGUUGUAGGAUUAGGAGAGGUGGUCGGCUCACCGUUCAACAUGAAUCCAUUUGUGUUGCCAACAUGCAGCCAGGGCUACUCGACCACCGGCAGUCCGCUACUCUCGUCGAACGGCAAAUAGUGUUAUGAGAUGUAAAACUACGAUGGAUGAAGGGGCUGAGGUGCCAUCAUGGGAAGAGGACUUUGCGUGCCGAGAGAUAAGGACGGAUCAAGCGCGAUGUCCCCUUUCCUAUUAACCUCUUCCUAUUUCUAUUUCCUUUCUUCUCUCUUUUUCAUUCACCAUCUCUCUCUUUUCUCUCUCUCUCUCUCUCUCUCUCUUUCCUUCUUUUUUUCUUUCUUUCUUUCUUUCUCUCUCUCUCUCUCUCUCUCUCUCUCUCUCUCUCUCUCUCUCUCUCUCUGUCUUUCUUCCUUUUUCUCUCACAAAUUUUACUUACUUCUCAAGUGGACAAAUAACGAUAAAUCAAUCGCGUACGAUUUCCGUCGUAAGAGUCAAAGUAUCUCUCGACGGCGCAAAGAAUAAUUCUAUGAUCGAAAAGAUUCUCGAAUUUCUUUUUUUCUUUUCUUUCCUUCUUUCUUUCUUUUCUCUUUUUCUUUCUUCUUAACUUCAUUUCUUUUUACGAUCGUGAUAUAAUUAACGACGAAUCAUACAUAUCGUACAACGAGAUAUGGUGUCACAACGAUGGAAUAACAUCGACGUAUAAAGAUAUGAUUUUAUUUUCAAUAUUUUGACUUUAAUAAAAGCUAUUAUCUCAUUUGAAUUUUAUUAGCUCUUUUCGAUUUCUCGGUUUUUCUUUUCUCGUUUUUCUAUUUAUAUACAGCUUUUGUUAUAAUGUUCGCAAAUCAAUGCACGAAGGAUUAAUCGAUUGAAAAAAAGUUUGUUGCAUUCGAACGUCAUUGAGAGAUAUUCAACGAUACACGUAUCUAUGUAUAUCUAUGAAUGCAAAUGUUUAAAUGAAAAAGAAUUGUGACACCAUUAUAAGGGACAUAUCGAUUAGCGGUUGAGCAAACAGACUCGAUAGUUUUUAGAGAGCAUUUUCGAAUUGAACAAAAUUUUAUCCUCCUAGUCCCCCUUUAUCCAAUUGAUCCUUUUACUCCAUCCCUAUAACCCUCCCACACCCACCAUCCUCACCUCAUAUCUUCCCUAUUAUGCUCCGAAAACCCACCCACCCACGCCUACGUUUUAAAAGACUAACCGACUUAUCUCGCCUAGAUAGAAUUGAUAUUUAACAUAUUGUAAUUUGUAAAUUAUCUGUAAAUAUUGUUGCGAUGUACAAAAAGACAAAACUAUUUGCGAUAGCUCGAGCGAGCGAGACGAUUAUUAAAGUGCGAUAAUAGAGGAAAAGGUUAUAUAGGAUUGUAAAUAUUAUAUCGUAGAGAGAGAAAAAAAAAAGAAACAAAAAAAAAAAAAGAAAAAAAAACAAAGAAAAAAAAAAGAAAAAAAAAAAAAAGGCCCGUAGCUUAUCCGUAUUAUAAUUGUACUUAACAACGCCAUCCAAUUUUUUAACGAACCUAUCGGCGAUCGAGCGCGAAAUUUGAUUUUCGCGCUUCGCUCUUCGAUCCUCAAACUCGAGCCAACUAAAUAAUUUCUUAUUACGAUCGUCUACGUUUUCUCGCUGUCUAUCACGUCUAAUCGAUUUAUACAAAUUCGAUUGAGGGGAAAGGAAAAUAAAAAUAAAAAUAAAAAUAAAAAAAAAAAAAAAAGAAAAAAAAAACCAAAAAAAGAAAGAAGAAAAUUAAUCCGACUGUGACACGAGAACAUUGAAAAGUUGGACCGAGCGCGAUCUAUAAUCGAAGUAACAGUCGAUAACGAAUUCGUUUGAUAAGCCACCCAAAUUUACGGGACAUACUCACACGAAUCACGAAGAAAGUAUACGAUGCCAUUAUAAAUCAACGAGAAAUAAAACUUUCGAUUAGCCCAGAUUUUACCAGUACACUUCAACGAGCACGAUGAUGCGUUCGUCGUAUCGUUUUUGUCUGAACGAAGCGUCGCCGUUGGAAUUAUUAUUGUAAAAAGUUCCUUUUUUGCAUAUCGACCUUAUCGGGAGAUUGCAAUUUUCUAUGGCGAUAAUAAGUCCAUUGGAAAUGCAAUAUCCUUAUCUGGGAAUGAACGGAACUCAGUCGUCUUGUGAUCUUAAUUAAUAAAAUAUCUAUAGUUCGGUUAUAUAAUUUUUAAUUCGAUCACGCACACAAUCACAUCUUAAGUAGGACGCGUCGUUCUUGUACGCAUGCGAAAUUGCGCGUGUAGACAUUCGAGCGUACGAGCACUCUCGUCGUUGUAUAUUAAAAUAAAUUAAACUUACAUUUUUGAGAAUUAAAAA